AUGAGCAGCAACAAUAGUGAAACCGAAGAAGAGAUCGAACGUGCCAGAUUAGCUGAGCAAUCUGAAAGAUAUGAUGAUAUGGUUAGUAAUAUGAGGAACGUAAUAGUUGAAUCGAAUGGUGAAUUGACAAACGAAGAAAGAAAUCUUUUUAAUAUUGCAUAUAAAAACGUGGCUGCUGAAAUUGCAAUUGGUGAAGACAGAAAAAACUUGAUCAAAGAAUCAGAACAAGCAACUAAGGCGUCAUUUGAUGUUGUCAGGAGUUACAUGUCUCCAACAGAUCCACUUCGACUUGGUUUUGCAUUGAGCUAUGCCACAUAUUAUUAUGAAAUAUUAGAUGAACGGAAUCUUGCUUGUCAUUUGGCGAAACAGGCUUUUGAUGAUGCGUUAGCUGAAAUUGACACAUUAACAGAAGCCACAUACAAAGACAGCACACUUAUUAUGCAAUUACUGCGGGAUCAACUUACGUUAUGGACAAGUGAUGUUCCACAUACUGAUGAAUCGCAUCAAUCAGAAGAAUAUAAUUAA